AUCGGAAACAACCUCUCUGCCUCUGAAGUAAGGGUAAGAAGUAGAUCGGAACUUUCCAGCUUUGAUCUAUUUCAUCAUCUGUCUACCAUGCGUCCUCUGUCUCCGUCAGCUUCACCUCCAGGCUUGAUGAGUUCCUGUGGGACUGAUGGUGAAAUCUUUUUGGUCCUCCACCAGAUUAACCGUGGAUCGCCCAUCCCUGAUGAUUUGAUUGAGUUUAAUCCCUAUCAGUAUGAUCCUUCAAAUUUGCCAGAUGGAGCAUGGUUCCUAGUGAGAAAAACUGAGGAAAAAUCGACGGAAUAUGGACUCUGGAGAGUGAAAGAUUCAGCCUGUGAAAUUUUUGCAAAUUCUGAUAUCAGUGGUUGGAGAACCACUUAUGAAUUUUUUCAAGUCCAAGCCUCUAUCGAGCAGAAAACUGUCUAUAUAAUGCAUGAGUAUAAAGUAACACCGAAAGGGCAGCGUGUUCUGACCAAGUCACAGGAGUCUUCAAUUUGUAGAUUUUUUGGUUUGUGGAAUGAUGCAGAGCACGACGAUGUACGUCACCUAUUGAGCUAUUUUAGCUUUAUCCCAUCAGUUAACCCAGACACUAGCGGUAACGAUGGGCAACGUUCAAUUGCUGAACCCCAGGUAAACGGACAGAUAGAAGGGGCUGGGUCAUCACUCGUUGACAAAUGGAUAGAUCAGUCUGAGAUAGAUUGCAUUAUGCGAGGGGACUACCUGGAAUUGAAUGACCUUAUUGAUGGAGCAUCACAUGAUUCCUCUAGUUCAGAGAAUACAAGUCGCCAGAGCUUCGUGUCUGAUGAUUUUUUCAACUCUCGGGCACUUCUUGCGGAACUAGAUGAUGAGAAGAAGGAAGAUUUGAGUGGAAAAGGUUCACUUCUUGCGGAACUGAAUGAUGAGAAGAAGGAAGAUUUGAGUGGAAAAGGUUCAACCAGCAAUCAUCAUACCAUAAUGAUGUGUCAAAUAGCAAAUGAUGUAGUUGUGCAGCCUGGACCUUUAGGGUUUGUAUUUAUAGGGAAUGAUGCUAAAGCCAAAGAAACUCAACAAACUCCUGAUAAUCACAAAUCGAAAUCUCAAGAUCAGGCUGUUAAGAAAAUGAAGGUGGCUAAGAAACUGAAGGAUGAAGGUCCAUCACAUGCUCGUAGAGCCACGACAUCAUCCAGCAGCAGCAACAGCAGCAGUGAUGAACCUGGACGUGCAGCUCGAAGGGAGGAGAAACGUUCAAAGAAGCUAAUGAAGUUCCUGUGUUUUAUGCCUUUCUAGUUUCUACAUCCUUGUUGUUUCAACUCUUACUAGUAUAGUUUUAACCCAAAAAAAAAAAAAAGAGGGGGGUUGGGGGGAGAAUUUGUGCAUUAGACUAAAUUUUAAACUUUAUGAUAUUUAAGAUUUAAAAUAGGAAAGUAGUUCUCUUUAAUACAGAUGAAAAACUGUAGCAUAUUCAUUUGUAAUAUAAAGAGACAAACGCUUUUGAUAGCUCUUGAAAUGAUAGCUUCUUUUCAUUUA